AUGACACUUAAAUUUAAAACUCUUUCAUUGAAUGAUUCAGAUGUUUAUGUACCGAACACGUUCAUAAUUCCCAGUGAAACUGAAAUGAUCGAUGAAAUCAAACGAAUCUGGGAUGAUGACAAUAAGCUCAGUAAGGGGAAUUCAACUCAAAAUUUAAUUAUGAAAGAGUUAAAUAGACGACAACCAGAAUGGAAGAUUGACAUCUUUACAUUUCAUCAUGUGAUGGUGAUUUUAAACAUACGAGCUGAUAGCAUUAAAAAUAAUAAUGGAGAUAACACAGAUCCCAUUGGUGAACAAGAUCUAUUACUUAAAAGUUAUAAUGAUCUCAUUGUCAAACCUGACAAGAACAUGUACGAUUCUUUGAACAGUAACGAUGCCAAAGAUAACUGCUUUGUAACAGAUUGUAAAGAUGUCUUAUCAAAAGGAAGAGGAUUAUUUGCAAAGAAAAACUUUAAGAAGGAUGAAUUGAUCUUUAAAGAGGAACCAAUUGUAAUUGUCCCUCCUAUAGAAAGAUUGAACUUAAUUGAAGCGGGGAAGGCAUGUGCAUUGUGUGGUAGGCUGAUGAAUGAAAUUUCUGAGCAGUUUAUAAUUAAAAAUGGUCUCGAUUGUGAAUCUUGCAUUAAUACUGUAUGGUGUUCUAAACAGUGUUUAAAAAGAGACUUUACUCACAAAUAUUUAAAGCAUCCCUUUAAAAGUUCUACAAAACUAAAAGUCAAUUCAAAAAAAUGGAAGAAUUUCGAAAAAUGUUGUAAAGAAAGCGUUUUUAUUGAAGGUUACAUAAUUGGUCAUAUUUAUGCAGCCUCUAUGAUAGAUCAUAAAAAUGAAUUCGAUAUCAAAAAGAAAUUUGAUUAUUUAGCAUAUAUUUCGCAAAAGGAUAGGUAUCAAGGUAAUAACUUAACAAACUUUGAAAAAUCACUUGAGGACACUAAUGAUUCGAUCUCAGAUGAACACCCUUCCGAAAUUUGGGAAAAGUCUUUUAAUUACUUCAAGGAAGCAUUUCCAGAAUCUGACAUUGAUUAUGAAGAAUAUCUAAAUUAUAUUGGAAGGUAUAACUUAAAUCACAAAAGUGCACAACUUUAUUCAAUUUACUCUUUAGUCAAUCAUAAUUGUGAGCCAAAUGUUAGAGUAGAGGUCGAUUACCAUACAAAGGAAUUAAAAUUAUAUGCAAGGAAAUCAAUUUCAAAAAAUUCUGAAUUAUUAACUACUUAUAUCAAUCCUUUACAUGAUGUAGAACUGAGAAGAAAAAUAUUGUUGAUUAAUUAUGGUUUUGCUUGUAACUGUGAGAGAUGUGAAAAUGAAAUUGAUAGAAUAAAGUCAGAAAUUAAAGAAACUACAGACAUUACCACGUCACCUCAUGUAAGAUUAACCGUAUCGCACAGCGAUAAUAUUUAUGGAACCACCUCACAGAGGCGUAAAUCAUCUAUGAGAGCUGCUAGACCUGAUUUCACAGAGCUCUUAAAGAAUGGUAAAGAAUUUGAUCUAGAGAUACCUGAAAACAUAUCUGGGAAAAAAUCUAGAAGUGCCUCAGUGAGAUUUGAUAAUCAUGUUACAUUAGCUGUGGAGGAAGCAUGA